AUGACCCGUAAGGUGUUCACCAACACGCGGGAGCGCUGGAGGCAGCACAACGUCAACAGCGCCUUCGCCGAGCUGCGCAAGCUGAUCCCCACCCACCCGCCGGAGAAGAAGCUUAGCAAGAACGAGAUUCUGCGCCUGGCCAUGCGCUACAUCAACUUCCUGGUGCAGAUCCUGGAGGUGCAGGGAGGAGGAGAAGGAGGUGAUGGCGGCGAUGGUCUUCAGACAUCCAGGCACCAGUCUCCAGCCGCGCUCCUGAGUUUCCUCAGGGGGAACAUGGAGAGUCUGCAGGCCGCCUCGAGACCCUGGGCACUGGGCAGCAGUGAUACGGACGCCCCAUCGCCCAGCUCCAGCUGCGACAGCUCUGAGGCUUGGUAAACAAAAUCUGGAGAAGAAAGGAGAGAGAAGACAUAGAGAAAGA